ACACAAUUUUGUUUGCUUAAGUUUUAUUUUCCACACCGCCAUGCGCAACCGAUGACCCAAGAUGGCACCAAUUGAACUCAAGAACCUUUCCAGCAACUGGAAGAAGCUACAGAAAACACUACAACCCUCCUCCAAAUCCGCGUCCUCAAAACCGGAAGAGAAAUCCGAUCAUACUUCCCUCAAACGCAAGAGGGCAACACAGCUCAAUGGAGAGCAUGAGAGGCCCUCUUCCACACAUCUGAGAAAACACAUCAAGCCCGAGAAGUCUUUCGCAACUCAUAAACGCCAAAAGAUGGAGGAGCCCAAUUCAGUCGGCGCUUCCUCGAAACAUAAGGACUCCCGCGCCCUCUCUCGAAGUAUCUCGAUGCCCUCGCUGAAACACCCUCCGCUUCUUUCCGACCCUAAGGCCGUCUCAAAAUCCGCAUCUGUGCUCGCGCCCUCUCCAGAUCACCCUGAUAUCGAGAAUGAGGGUGUAUCCGAAACCGCUCUACCAGGGAAAUACGUGGCCAUAGAUUGUGAGAUGGUUGGCACAGGGCCCGAGCCUGACCGCGACUCUGCGCUGGCCAGAGUCAGUGUGGUGAACUUCCAUGGGCAUCAGGUGUACGACUCGUAUGUACAGGUCAAAGUCCCCGUGACCGAUUACAGGACAGCAGUGUCCGGCAUUGAGCCUAAGCACCUACGGCGUGAUUUUGCGCGGCCCUUCAAAGAAGUUCAGGAAGAUAUUCAGACUCUCUUAUCGAAUAGGAUACUGGUCGGACACGGCGUCAAGAACGAUCUUGACGUGCUCAUUCUCAAACAUGACAAGAGGUUCAUUCGCGAUACAUCCAAAUACUCCAAGUUCAGGGAAAUCUCGCUGGUACCAGGCCGAACACCAGGAUUGAAACAUUUGGUCGAAAAGCGCUUGGGGGUGGAGAUUCAGACUGGUGCACAUAGUUCUGUCGAGGAUGCAAGAGCCACGAUGGCACUAUUCAGGUUGGAGAAGGAAGGGUUCGAAGAGGAGAUUACAAAACUAUACGGGCUUACGAGGCUUCCAGGCAGGCAGGUCGCGGAACCGGACGCAGACGGUGAAGUGCGGAGGAAGAAGAACAAACCUAAGAAGAAAAAGAAGAAGCACUAGUGCAACACUUCAUGAUGGUUGUUGUGGAAAUUCCGAUAUUUCUUGGUUUCUGUGGUAGGGAUGACUGUCAACGGACUCCGGAUUGUUGCAUUUCAAAUGGCGUUUCGAGGCUUCGACAAUGAAGCAGAGACUUGGACAACUUUAAACAUUUCUCACAUGUGCAUAUAUGGCAGGCAUAUUAUUCAAUAUUCGACUACUAGCGAUAUACGAUAUUUGCAUAACUGAAUAC